AUGGCUACUUCUCAUGCUCUCUUCAUACGCACCAUGAUAGUACACACACUUGUUUUGUGUGUACUCCUUCUCCAUCCUUUGGCCUCCACUUCAAGUUCCAUUCAUGAACUCCUUAGAAGCAGAGGCUUACCUGCAGGGCUUUUCCCCAAGAAUGGGGUGAAAUCCUAUGAACUUGAUGAAAAUGAUCAACUUCAAGUGUACUUGGAGUCACCAUGUGUGGCUAAGUUUGAGACCAGGGUGUUUUUUGACAGUGUUGUGAGGGCUAAUCUAAGCUAUGGUGGACUUAUUGGAGUGGAGGGUCUGUCUCAAGAAGAACUUUUUUUAUGGUUACCAGUGAAGGAUAUAAUUGUUUAUGAUCCUUCCUCUGGUCUUAUUUUGUUUGACAUUGGAUUGGCCCAUAAACAGUUGUCUCUCUCUCUUUUCGAAGAACCCCCUAUUUGCAAUCCUCAAGAUGUGCUGAUGGUCAAGAAUCUGGCAAGGAGGAGUUCCAAUUUGAAGUUUGAUAGAUAA